AUGUGUUCGGCGAAGACUCUUAUGAUCACGACUACAUGCUCGUUGAUAUCAGCGAAAGGCUCUGCAAGGAGCCUGAAUUGUUUCCAGAGCGUUGAUAUUGAAAAUAGAUUGUGCGGCUUGGAUGUGAACAAAUUAGACAGAGUACCGGUUGACUUUUCGGCCUCCGAAGGACCGACAAUUAUAACUGACCUACACGAAAUUGCAGAGAUAUUGUUAUGCGGAGAAUCUCGAGCAGUUUAUCAGGAUCAGUCCAAGAUUUAUGGUCUUGCACCCUGUGCAAUUUAUCGAGCCGAGCGAUGGUUUCACCAGAAUGCCGAUCAAAAGAAAGCCGAGCGAAUGCUUCUCGGAACAGGAGGAAAAGAUGGGUCAGCAGUUCGUUUGCACAUCGCUAAAAGCUUUCUCCCACUUCUGCUAUGGCAGUGA